UUUGAAAUCAUAGGUGAAGAAGUAACGGGCCGAGAUGACUACGCUAUCAAAAAAGUUUUCGAUAACUUAGAUGAGAAACUUAUUUGUAUUACCGAGGAAAAACAGAGCGAUAUAGCAAAGGAUAUAUGCAAAAUACCAUGCAACUCGAUAGCGGAUAUCACACAAACAAGAGAAAACGAAGCUAUUGACGAUGAAUUUGAUUAUCCCUGCGGAGUCAUCACCACAAAACUUCGAUGA